GGAGCUGGGAGACAGUAGACAGGCGUCGUAAGCAAGCGAUGCUCCUUUGAAAUGUAUUUAUUUUAGAACGAUUUAUCGUAACUUGACACAAUUAUAUAUCUCCUGACAAUUUUACCUGCUCUUAUCCUAAUAGAACAGUUUGCGUUUUUAGUCUAAGCAUAGCCUUUCGUGUUAUGCGUGAGCUGGAAAGGGUCAACUGGAUCCAGGAGUGUUUUUGAUGAAGACAUCUGGCGUUUUAAUCGUUAGGCGUUAAACGGACCGCGCGCUCCGAGUCGCCUCAGCGGGUCACGUAUCUCGGAAUCAGACGGAGCGUCUUUACUGAGGCUGGUGGAUCAAAGCCAUGCUGUCGCUGGACGAGCCCCUGGACUUGAAGAUUCCCUCUGGCCGUGACAGGAUGCUCAGGACGUCCAUCUGUGCCCCGCUGCACUUUUCUCGUGCUCGAAUAUCCCGUGCAUUGCACAAUCCCAAAAGCCCUGAUGCAGCUGACAAGGACAUGUCAGAUUCUUCAUCGUCCACGGUGGUAGAUCUGAGUCUGUCUCCAUCUUCCUCUCCCUCACCACCCUCUCCUAUAGACAGUGGCUCCAGCUGGAGCCCCACAGCGCCUCUUCUGGCCUCAGAAUCUGAAAGCACCACAUACCAUGAGGACAGCGCCUCUCCUCCUCCAGGUUUCCAGUUCUUUCUGCCAAUUGGUGCAGAGGGUCCCCUGCACCUACCCUCCUCAAUGCUGAUUGGUCAGCACUCCCCUGAGCCCUCGAGUGAUGAACAGCUGGCCUGCCGCUGGCUAAAGUGCCAUCUGCUGUUCGAGAGCCUGCAGGAUCUGGUGGACCAUGUGAAUGACUCACAUGUGAAAGCAGAGAAGAAUUCAGGAUACUGCUGCCACUGGGAGGGCUGCGUGCGCAAGGGAAGAGGAUUUAAUGCCAGGUACAAGAUGCUGAUUCAUAUCCGCACACAUACCAACGAGAAACCUCAUCACUGCCCUACCUGCCACAAGAGUUUCUCACGCCUAGAGAACCUGAAGAUACACACCCGCUCACACACAGGAGAGAAGCCAUACAUCUGUCCUUACGAAGGCUGCAACAAGCGCUACUCAAACUCCAGCGACCGCUUCAAACACACGCGCACGCACUACGUCGACAAACCUUACUGCUGCAAAAUGGUGGGCUGUCUGAAGCGCUACACUGACCCCAGCUCUCUCCGCAAACACAUCAAGGCACACGGCCACGCUGUAGUGCAGGAACGUGCUGCCUUGCCCAGAACCAACAGGCUGGACGGUGCCUCAUCGAUGGAUGGCCGACAGAUGGAUCGACCUUACCCCGGAGCGGCUCGUUUUGUCCUACCGGGUGCGGCAACAACCUUAUUUGGGAAUCACGCCUUCGCUGGGCCCCUUAGCAGUCACCCCCUGGAUCUGUCCAUGCUCAGUCUGCUUUUAGGAGCUGGGCCGGUGCUGUACCCCAACUCUGGUGCUCUUGGGCUUGGAAAGGUGCCUAUCCUGCACCCCUUGUUGUUGCCGCCAUUCGGUCUCGGUGUGGGUCAAACUGAAAGAGCAGUUGAAGAAGAUGGUGAUGUUGAUGAUGAAAAUGAAGGCAGGAUGGGAGCAGAACGAGGCUCUCACUCAUGGGUAAUGAUCCCUCCGGGCGUGCUGUUCUUGAAACAGAUGGCAACCACGUAAAGAGACUCAUGGGCCUUGUUCACACUGCACACCAAUCUGAUUUGGAUUUCAAAGCAGAUUACGGUGUCAUUUUGUGACUGCUGAAAUCAGAUUGGUUAUGUUAUGUCCCAAAAAAACUACUUGGAAAAAUGAUUGUUGAGAGUUUAGAUUUUAAUUGGAUUUUGAACUGUUCACGAAUUUGGUGUGAAUCCAGUUUGUCUGUUCUCCGUUCACACUACAAAAGCUAAACUGGUUUGAGUCAGGUAUGCCAAAAAAUGCUUCUUUUGAUUCUAAACAAGGCCUUAUGGGCCGUUUACACCAAUAACUAUAAUGUUUUAAAUGAAUCAAAUUAUAUUGUUGGAAUCACUUUCAGAAUGAUCCAUUUUUCCAGCUGAUAAAAAAUUGACAGCCAGUCAGAAUCCACCCAACUUUAAAGAGUUUAUGUGAACGCUAUUAUAGUUAUCGAUAUAGUUAUCUUUAUAGUCAUUGUUCAUGGUGUGAACGAGCCAUUCACUAUAGUACUUGCAAUUUACAAGGAAGGAAGUGUUGGCUUUUAAGGGAAUCAUCUGGGAGAGUACAGAUACAGAAUGUUUAAAUAGGCAAAACAAAGUUAAUUCAAAUACUGACUUUUUGUCAGUACUUCUUGAUACAGCGACCAAUAUUCAUGUACCAUCUGUGCACAAUAUCAAUCAGUAUGUCAUGAAAGACGUCAGAAUGUAUGUAAUGUGAAUGUGAUGUCUGACAAGAAAUUCAGAGAAGGUGGUGCUUCAUAAUUAAUAGUAUGCCCUUGAUUUACAUAGUAGUCUCCUGGAGACUAUUGACAGUGACCAAACAGAGAACAGGAUGUGAUAUGAAAAGCAUACAUAUGACAUUUGACAAUGAAUUGGCCGGAUAUGUUCAUUUCCUGGUGGUGGAUGAGGAGACCCCCCUCCCCCACAAUGUA